AUGUUCGCCCAGUUCCUUCUCGCAUUAAAGCUCUUCGGACCUAUCUUCCGACAGCUAUUCGCCGGUAUGAAGUUAGCGAUUGCGACGCGUUUGCACCAACUCACAUACCGCGCUGUCGAGCAUCCCCGGAACGUUGUCGUCGUCGGCGCUUCUUUCGCUGGAUAUCAUGCUGCGAAGUGCCUGGCUAGUUCGCUUCCCACUGGCUAUCGGGUUGUGAUUGUCGAACGAAAUACGCAUUUUCAGUUGACUUGGGUUUUGCCACGGUAUGCUGUCGUGCAUGGUCACGAGCAUAAGGCUUUCAUCCCAUAUGGGUCUUAUCUUCGUUCGGCUCCAAAGGGCUCGUAUGAGUGGGUGCGAGAUACUGUUGAGCGGAUCUUGCCUGAUCAGGAUGGGAAGACUGGAAAGGUAGAGCUGGCGUCUGGUGCGAAGGUCGAAUUUGAUUACCUCGUGCUCGCAACGGGGUCGUCAGGGGGCCUUCCGUCGCGGGUCCCCGCUGAGACUAAGAAUGAAGGUAUAAAACUAUUAGUGUCUGAGCAGGAGAAGCUUCGUGCCGCAAAGAAUGUGGUCAUCGUUGGGGGUGGAGCUGCGGGAAUCGAGCUUGUGGCGGAUGCAAAAUCCCUCUAUCCGGAGAAGAAUGUCACGUUAGUCCAUUCUCGGGAGACAUUGCUGGGUCGAUUUGGGCCUAGGCUAGGGAAGAGAGCGUUGCAACAGCUUAAAGAACUGGGUGUGAGGAUCAUACUUGGUCAAAGACUACUCAGUGACGAAGCGGAGAAUGGCACUGUCACGUUAAGCUCAGGCGAGACUAUCCCGUGCGAUUAUCUGGUGAAAUGUAUUGGACAACGCCCCAACUCGAAGCUCAUACAGCUUCUAUCGCCGGAGUCGAUCUCUGAGUCUGGUCAUGUCAAGGUCCGCCCUACCUUGCAAUUAAUAGACAUGUCGCUGAACCAUAUCUAUGCCGCUGGGGAUGUGGUAGAAAUGGAUAAUAUCAACAAUGGCCGAGCAGCUGUACAGCAAGCACAGCGUGUCUCACAGAAUAUCGUGCGAUCCAUCAAUUCACAGAGUCAGCUCGAGUAUCAUCCAGAGUGGUGGGAGGGAAUGACGAAGCUACAUGUGGGUCUAGGGAAAGCUUUAAUGUGGAUGGGAGACUGCUCAGUGGAGAUCAUUACAUCCGUCAAGUGCCGAGCGGAGGAGUUGGACAGCCCAAGGGUGUGGAAGUUUUUCGGGGCGAAACCAUAUGUGGAUGCAGCAUAUGAGAUCGAAAAGAACCAAGGUAUCAACUAA